CCAGUUGCUUGUUUUUUAUAUAUAAAAUCUAGUGAUCUAUUGGGAUUCACCAUGCAUUCGACCAGAGGAUUAUCCCGAAGGAAUUGUCCUGAAACCAUGAGCUGCAGCUGGGGCACCGAGCUUUGGGAUCAGUUUGAUAACUUGGAGAAGCACACUCAGUGGGGCAUCGAGUUUGUGGAGCGCUACACCAAGUUUGUGAAGGAAAGAUCUGAAAUUGAGCUGAGCUAUGCCAAACAAAUAAGAAAUCUCUCCAAGAAGUACCAGCCUAAAAAGAACUCCAGAGAAGAGGACGAGUACAAAUACACCUCCUGCAGAGCGUUCCUGAUGACGCUUAACGAGCUAAACGACUACGCCGGACAGCAUGAGAUCAUCGCGGAGAACCUCUCCACCCAGAUCAUCUCAGAGCUGGUGCGCUACAUCCAGGAGCUGAAAGCUGAACGCAAAGCGCAUUUCCACGACGGGCGCAGAGCCCAGCAGCAUAUUGAGAACUCCUGGAAGCAGCUGGAGUCGAGCAAACGACGGUUUGAGCGAGACUGCAAGGAGGCUGACCGAGCCCAGCAUUACUUUGACAAGAUGGAUGCUGACAUUAACGUGACUAAGGCUGACGUAGAGAAGGCUAAACAGCAGGCUCAGAUAAGGCAUCAGAUAGCCGAUGACAGUAAGAAUGAGUAUCUGUCCUACCUGCAGAAGUUUAAUAAAGAUCAGCAUGAGCACUACUACACACUUAUUCCUCACAUCUUUCAGAGAAUCCAGGAGAUGGAGGAGCGACGGAUUGAGAGAAUAGGAGAGAGCAUGAGAUGCUACGCAGAGGCAGAGCGCAAAGUUCUUCCUAUUGUUAACAAGUGUCUGGAUGGCAUCACCAAGGCAGCUGAGUCCAUAGAGCCUAAAAUGGACACAAGACAAGUGGUGGAGACAUACAAGUCAGGCUUCGAACCUCCAGGUGAUGUGGAGUUUGAGGACUACAGUGUGUCAAUGAAGAGAGCGGUAUCAGAGUCCAGCUUUCUGAAUGCACGUGGAGAGAGCAGACGCAGAAGUCGGAGCAAGCUGUGGCCUUUAAUUAAAAGGAAUAAGCUUAUGUCUCUGUUAGCGUCACCCCGUCAGCCCCCUCCCCCUCCCCCUACUUCACCCUCUCCAGAAGGCCUGGCUAACGGGCCACACUCACCGCCGCACAAUAAGGAGCCACUUGGUCAGCGCCUUAAUGACUUCAUGAGCUCCAAACACAAGAUGCAGUGCCUGAGGAGCCUCAAGCGUGGGCUCUCCCUGAAGCUAAUAAGUGGAGCAGGACAGGAGGAUUACAGUCAUUUACCCCCUGAACAGAGGAGAAAGAAACUGCAAGCCAAGCUUAAUGACAUCAGCAAGGACAUCCAAAAAGAGAUGGAUCAGAGGGACGCGUUGAAUAAAAUGAAAGAAGUGUACAUUAAAAACCCUCACAUGGGCGACCCCAGCAGUGUGGACCCACGCUUAGAGGAGGUCAGGCAGUGCAUAGAGAAGCUGCAACUUGAGGCACACAAAUAUGAGACCUGGCUAACAGACUUGGAGAGAAAGCUGCUGGAAAAGGGCAGCACCCAGCGGAGACAGAGUGCACCAUUUGACUCACAGGGCAAUGCACUUGUAGGCAACAGUUGUGGCCAGAACAGAGAAAGUCCGGAUGGCAGCUACACGGAAGACCCCAGCACGGAGACGGUGCAGUUCAAGUCCCGUAGCACUGAGUUUGAUGAUGAAUUCGAUGAUGAAGAACCUUUACCCACCAUAGGAAUGUGCAAGGCACUGUACCCGUUCGAAGGCCAGAACGAAGGCACCAUCCCGAUGGUGGAGGGGGAGAUGCUUUAUGUAAUAGAGGAGGAUAAAGGCGAUGGAUGGACUCGUGUGCGCAGGAACGAGGAUGAGGAAGGAUAUGUGCCCACGUCUUACAUCAAGCUCUGCUUCGACGCUAAUUCCAAAGAUCCCUAAAAGCGUUUGGCUGGCACAGGAGUGGCAGGGCAAGCUUCCUUGCGUGAAACAUCCUCCUCUUUAAUGUGUAGUCAGAGUGGUGCUGUGUGAGACUGUCUGACAGGCUGUGCUAUUCUUUACACAAACUCUGAAUUUCCUCCUUUUCAAGAAGCAAAAACUCACACACUUCGAAUACUCUCAGAUUUUUUCUAUAAUUAGUGUGCUAAUGACUUGCAGAGCUUGCUUCUCUUGUGGGCCUAGAUUUUUUUAGCCUUGUGUCAUAGAUGCUUGCUGCUUGGGUCCAACCUGUAGUUCUCAGAUACAGAUACAGGACCGUGACGUUCACCUAAUUUUUUUCUUCACUGUGAAGAUCUGGCCCGCUAAAAUCGUCACUGAACUUUAGGAAGAACACUUUAUUGAACGAUUUAUAGUCCUGGAUAUAAUGUGAAAAGUAAAAACCAUUCAAGUUUUGGGGUGGGAGGUGGGAUAUGGGAUUUUCCUCUCUAUUUCUAUUCUUAUUCGCAAUCUCAUAUCAUAUGAUGUUUUUGUAAUUAAUCUGUGAGUGUUAGUGGUUGAGGCAGGCAGCUUGGCGGUUGUAAACGGGUAAGCACCCCUUCAUCUUUUAGUUUCAGUACAGUGAUGAAAGCAACGCCAUCUCAUUUACUCAUGGUCACAUUCUUUCCUGUAAUGUGUACAUCGUCAUUCCUUCUUUCUCUCUUUUUUACUCUUUCCUUUAUUGUAUUUUCCUUCUUUAAACCUUUCUUCUCUGUACCUGCAAAACCUGGGUAAUUACUCGAUUACCUUUUCUUGUCAUGUCUCGGCUUUGCAUAUCAACACUUUUAGCUUUUAGUUAUUUAAAAGGUUAUAUCCAUUCACACAUUAAUCAUUAAACUAUUAUGGUAUGUAAUGUUAUGUAUUGUGAUACAUAAUAAAUGUACGUUUUAAACAAAUAUGUCCCAAUCCGAUUUAAAGUCUCAGUUAGGUGGCUGAUACUGGCCUAAAAUGUUGAACCAGUAUCGGCUGGAGGUAGCACAGAUUAUCUACAGUAUGUUAUAACAUAAAAAACAAAAGAUCCCACUCCUAUCUAAAUUAAGUAUGCAUAAUUUACAUGCAGGGUCAAUUAGGCCUUUGUUAAAAUGUACUCAGACCUCUAAUAUCAGAAACAUUAUUGAAAAUAGAUGCAUGCCUUUAUACAGUGCAUUCAUGGAAUAAAAAAAAAAACUGCAUCUUGUGCUGUGCCAUUUAUUUAACAUAAAAUUUUAUGUUUGGAUUAAAUAGCAAACAGCUCCUACAUUUCCUGAGAUGUUGCUUUGUUAUUGUUUCACUGUGCUAUAUUGGAUUUUUCUCUCAACUGGGCCAUUAAGAACACCCAGUAAUCUCAUUCCAGUAUUUUGUCUACCUGCCCUUUAACACUCGUUUCUAAUUACUUUUCGAUGCAUCAACUAAUAAUUCCUAGUAACUUUGCAUGUCUAAAGGAGUUUAACUGUCUUACUUUCGUGUUCUUUGGCUUUUCUCUUAUUUGUCUUUGAUACCCUUCUCCUUUCCUCACUCCCCACCUCUCUUUUUUCUUUUACUUAAUCAUUUUUUCUGUUAUAUCUCUUACUUGACAUUCCCUUUCUUCAUGUGUCUUAUUCUCUGGGCUGAGUGGCCGUGGCCAUAGCCAUGUGUCGUGUAGCUUUAGUGGUGCGUUCUCUUGUUGAUGUUAAUGAUGUUCUCCAGCUGGUGCUGUGUUUCUGCGCAUGCAUGCUUGCCCCGUCUCUUUGUCUGUGCCAGUCUUGGGGGUCUAGCAAGUUCCAGCCUUCCCUUCUUAGGGGAUGAACUUGCUUCUUUACUUGUGUUUGUGCCUGUGGUUUACUUUUUUUUUUUUUUUUACUUUCAAUUGAAUUAAUAAAAUGCUUGUUUUGCCACAUUUGCAUGGCCACUUGCUUUACAUUCCUAAGUUAUUAUUCUUAUUAUCUUAUUAUUGUUUGAAUAAAAAUCAAGAUGCUUCAUUUUUUGUGGUUGACAUUGUUUUGCGGUUAUUUCAGACUGAUGUUAAAUACACAUCUUUACCUCAUUUAUGAUGGACUUUGAGCUGCUAUUUGAACCAGCUCUGAAUAACUACUAUCAAUGCAGUUAAUCUCCAUUUCAAAGGAACGAAGAUUGCAGUACUGAGCUGUGUGUUUUCUGUAUUGUGCUUUGGAAUUACUGUCCACUUUCAGACUUUAUCAUGUACACCAUACUGCCAGCGGGUGUUGCAGCUUCUUAACACAAGUGUUAAUCCCAGUCAGCUGCUCCCUGUUAAUUUAUAAUAAUAAUAGUAAAUAUAGAAAAUAGUUCGACUUCAAUUUUUAAAUCAGGAACCUUGUAAAAUGCAUACACUUUUUAUGUGCAAAUGAAAUGAAUUAAAGGCCAUUGUGAAAGAU